CGAACUUUCAUUUGUAUAUUCUACAAACUGUUGUAUUUUGGAGUGUGCGGUUAUUUUAAAACGUGGAUUAUGGACACUCAAUCGACUGGGAUGGACCAUAACUGCUAAAAUGCUCUGCUAUGCUCUUCUACAAGCACACGAUGUGGUCGCAAGAGAAGUGUACGGUGAGGAGUCGCUGCGCGCUUCACCACCGCCGGUCAACGGUCGCGCCACGCAGCCGCAAACCGAGGACGAAGACGACACCGAGCCAGAGUUCGAGAACGUGACCAGAGUACGGCUUGUGCAGUUCCAGAAGAAUACGGACGAACCAAUGGGCAUAACUCUAAAGCUCGCAGACGACGGUCGCUGUAUAGUCGCACGUAUUAUGCACGGAGGCAUGAUCCAUCGCCAGGCGACUCUCCACGUCGGCGAUGAGAUCAAAGAGAUCAACGGUACACCUGUCGCCAAUCAGUCCGUCGCUCAACUACAAAGGAUGCUGCGUGAGGCCAGAGGCUCUGUCACAUUCAAGAUAGUGCCGUCCUAUCGGUCUGCGCCCCCGCCCUGCGAACUAUUCCGGAUUAAGCCUUCGCCCGUUCUAAUAUUUGUAAGAGCACAAUUUGACUAUGACCCACUCGAAGAUGAAUUGAUACCGUGCGCUCAAGCUGGGAUCUCAUUCAAUACGGGCGAUAUUCUGCAAAUUAUAAGUAAAGACGAUUCGCAUUGGUGGCAAGCUCGGAAAGACGCAGCGGGAGGUUCAGCUGGUCUCAUACCGAGCCCUGAACUUCAGGAGUGGAGGGCGGCCUGCGCUGCAGCGGAAAGGUCUAAUACUGACCAAGUGAAUUGUUCAAUAUUCGGGCGCAAGAAGAAACAAACUAAAGACAAAUAUCUGGCCAAACACAACGCUGUGUUUGAUCAACUUGACGUUGUCACCUACGAAGAGGUGGUCAAGUUGCCGUCUUUCCAAAGAAAAACAAUAGUGCUGCUCGGUGCUCACGGAGUAGGACGUCGCCACAUAAAAAACACUCUCAUCGCACGACACCCAGACUCGUACGCAUAUCCAAUACCACAUACAACUCGACCGCCGCGGCCCGAUGAGGAGAGUGGCAGGAAUUAUUACUUCGUGACUCACGACGAAAUGAUGGCAGACAUUGGGGCCAACGAGUACCUCGAAUACGGCACUCACGAGGAUGCAAUGUAUGGCACCAAACUCGAGACAAUCCGCCGCAUUCACUCGGAGCGGCGCAUCGCAAUACUUGACGUGGAGCCCCAAGCGCUCAAGAUACUGCGGACGGCGGAGUUCGCGCCGUACGUCGUGUUCAUUGCCGCACCGCCACUUAACAAUGUGGCUGAUUAUGACGGCUCGCUCGAGGUUUUAGUCCGCGAGUCUGAGCAACUGCGCCGCACGUACGGACAUUACUUCGAUUUAAUCAUCGUGAACAACGAUAUCGACGACACAUUAGCUCAGCUAGAGGCCGCACUCGCCAGACUGCGCUCCACGCCACAGUGGGUCCCCGUCUCUUGGGUCUACUGACCAACUGACUGUUAUCUAUAGAUUGUGUAUCGCAAAGGUACCUCAACUGAAUACAAGAUUAAUUAAAGACUUCUUAUACGGAUCAAACACUAAGCUUAGUUUGAGGCCGCGUUCGCCUAACUGCGCUCCACGCCACAGUGGGACCCCGUCUCUUGGGUCUACUGACCAACUGACUGUUAUCUAUAGAUUGUGUAUCGCAAAGGUACCUCAACUGAAUACAAGAUUAAUUAAAGACUUCUUAUACGGAUCAAACACUAAGCUUAGUUUGAGGCCGCGUUCGCCUAACUGCGCUCCACGCCACAGUGGGACCCCGUCUCUUGGGUCUACUGACCAACUGACUGUUAUCUAUAGAUUGUGUAUCGCAAAGGUACCUCAACUGAAUACAAGAUUAAUUAAAGACUUCUUAUACGGAUCAAACACUAAGCUCAGUUUGAGGCCGCGUUCGCCUAACUGCGCUCCACGCCACAGUGGGUCCCCGUCUCUUGGGUCUACUGACCAACUGACUGUUAUCUAUAGAUUGUGUAUCGCAAAGGUACCUCAACUGAAUACAAGAUUAAUUAAAGACUUCUUAUACGGAUCAAACACUAAGCUCAGCUAGAGGCCGCGUUCGCCUAACUGCGCUCCACGCCACAGUGGGUCCCCGUCUCUUGAGGCUACUGACCAACUGACUGUUAUCUAUAGAUUAUAUAUCGCAAAGGUACCUCAACUGAAGGCAACCUUGAUUAAAAUAGACUUCUUAUAUGGAUCAAACACUAGCUCAGCUAGAGGCCGCGUUCGCCUAACUGCGCUCAACGCCACAGUGGGUCCCCGUCUCUUGGAUCUACUGACCAACUAACUGUUAACAGUUAAUUGUUAAUAGUUAACUAUAGAUAGUAUAUCGCAAAGGUACCUCAACUGAAUAUAAGCUAAAUUAAAGACUUCUUAUACGGAUCAAACACUAAGCUCAGUUAGAGGCCGCAGUAACCUAACUGCGCUCCACGCCACAGUGGGUCUCAGUCUCUUGGGUCGACUGACCAACUGACUAUUAACUAUAGAUAGUAUAUCGCAAAAGUACCUCAUCUGAAGACAAGCUUUUUUAAAGACUUCUUAUACGGAUCAAACACUAAGCUCAGCUAGAGGCCGCGUUCGCCUAACUGCGCUCCACGCCACAGUGGGUCCCCGUCUCUUGGGUCUACUGACCAACUAACUGUUAACUAUAGAUAGUAGACCGUAAAGGUAGCCCAACUGAAGACAAGCUUAAUUAAAGACUUCUUAUACGGAUCAAACACUAAGCUCAGCUAGAGGCCGCGUUCGCCUAACUGCGCUCCACGCCACAGUGGGUCCCCGUCUCUUGGGUCUACUGACCAACUAACUGUUAACUAUAGAUAGUAGACCGUAAAGGUAGCCCAACUGAAGACUAGCUUAAUUAAAGACUUCUUAUACGGAUCAAACACUAAGCUCAGCUAGAGGCCGCGUUCGCCUAACUGCGCUCCACGCCACAGUGGGUCCCCGUCUCUUUCGUCUACUUACCAACUGACUGUUAUCUAUUUUUUCAUGCAAUAUUUAAACGAGCCAAACAAGUUAUACUUUGCGCGUACAUAGAUUUUCUUAAAUUUAGAUUUUUUUCCACCGAAAUUUAGGCAGCCCGCCUAGUUCUAUUGUGUAUAGAAUAAGUCAAUAUUAUCCAUAUAUGAUUCAUUUCAAAAAUGAUCACAAAUAUAAGAAAGGCUAAGAUGGCUUAAGUACAUGUUUAAUUGAAUCUGUAACUAGAAAAAAACAUAUAAUACAUAUAAUUAUAUGUUAGUGAUGUUUGUUUCUGGUCGAGUUAAUUUCAUAUAUUGAAAUAUUUAUAUCAUGUAUGUACCUACAUUGUACAUAUUUUGUUGAUCUCGUCCAAAACAAUUUUUUGUGUAAAGUUUUUUUAUAUUUUAUAAACCAAAGAGAGAUAAUAUUACAAAAUAUAUGUUUUUGUUCUAAAGGUUCGCAAAGACUAGUUUUACUUAUAUUACGAAAAAUAAAAGCAUCGUUAACUUUUUCUUUAAAUGUCUUACUCAAAUUUGACAGCGGCUAUAUUAUCAUGUCAUUAAAUCAUACCUCGAAAUACUUUUUAUCGUAUUCAAACUCAAUUUAACACAUAAAUUUUAUUAAGUUUACUAUAUCGUAUGCUUUGCGUGUUGGUUUACUUCGCUCUUUAAUUCUAAAGUUAAAAUUAUUCUAUUCGUGUUGUACGGUUGUAAUAUUUUGAGUAAUACAGUCAAAAAUUAUAUUGUCAUCAAUGAGCUGGGCAUGUGAUCACUACACGCAUUACUUAUGCUUUAGUGCGCUUCGCUCAAAACUUGUGCCAAACACUAGCAAGCGAUGUAAUUGAAUGAGAAUUUCCUAAAACUUUUAUCGACAUUUAAACAAUUUUAAUAACAAUGUACAUAAAUAUACAUUAGUAGAUACUUUAAUGGAAAACUUAUAGAGAGUAGAGAAUGUUUACUUCUGAAAUUAUAUAUAAGUAUAUACUACUAUGGAAUAAAAUAAUAUGAUGUAUUCUCACUAAUUUUAAUUAUUCUACCACAUCCUAUGUUGUGGAUGACCUUAAGGUUACUAAGGAAAGCAAUAUAUAGUACUGCCGAAAUAAUUCUAGUGAGAAAACUUCAUAUAGCCUAUAUAUCACAAAUGUUAGCGUACACAGGGUUGCAAGAAAUCUUAGAUAUAUUUUAGUUUUUGUUGAAAAUGCUGUUGUAAUAUGUUAUUAUUAAGUAGCUGUUUUAUUUGUAGAUUUUUAUAUGAUAACUUAUAUUGACACGUUUGUUGCGGGGGCGUCCCACUAUCUCCGUUAUACAAACCAUUUCUUACACAUAUACAAACCAUUCUUCUACAGAAGGUACUAGACUUUAGGCAUGUUUUAUGUCGUCGCUCCUUUUUCAAUAAUUCACUCCACAUUCUUUCUAUAAGUUUAUGAUAUCAAUAUAGCAAUUUUUCGUGUUAUUCGCCUUGUCUUGGGCCGAUCCAUAAAAGUUGCUGUCCCACCGCUGCGCAAGCAAGGCUCACGCAUUUUAGCUGCAUGGAUUCAUUUAUUUGACAGCUUAGAGGUCUACGUUUCCACUGCAGCACUCACUAUACAGGAAUAUGAACCUACGUCUAGCGUCCUAGUUGUACAUAGGCACAGCGUGUAUCACGUUGACAGCGUGUAUCACGUUGACAGCGUGUAUCACGUUGACAGCGUGUAUCACGCUGACAGCGUUGAGCUAUGUAAGCGCCUAAUCGAGCAUGCCAAGCAUAUAUCAAUGACGCCAAUUGAUGCUUAGCAUGGGCGUGGGCUGCAGUGGACACAAUCAUAUACACUUUCUUGUAAAGCGAAGCUUAGAACACGUCCGUAGCCUCUCCGUGCGCCGCGGUGGGAGUGGGAGGGUGGUAGUAUAAAUCUUUCGGCUCGUUUUUGCCUCUUAACUGUUAUGAUACAAUAAUGUGAGUGUUGAUAGGUAAUCUGUAGGUAUAACACAUAAAUUUCGUCAAAGCCAUUUAUUAUUUGGCAAUAUGCAAAGAAAAAUAAGCUACCAAGUUGAAAUAAAAAAAGGCUAAUUGACACUAACUGGAUCAACCUAAUAAAAUAGGUUUGAAUAAAACAAUUUAAGAAGAAAAUGACGAAUAUUUACUUAUAUAAUUUGAUAAAUAACCCUUGAGGCUAAGCAAAAUUGUUUUAGUUGAUGAAUGGCCUCAGUGUUCGGAACAAAAUAAACCCUAAAUUGACAAAGUGUCCUCUGCAAGUUGGCAUCUAUUUUCGUAUUUUCUUCAUUGUUUACAAUAAAGAGCAAAGUUUCAAACUUAAACUGCAAUGGGAUAUUUUUGUUCUAUUUAUAAAAAAUUAUCACAUGGAGUUAGUGGGACAAAAACGUUUUGCGCUAUUUAUAUUUGUUAGAUAUUAGAUAACCGUUACUAAACUUACCCUCAUCUUUGUACUUAGACAGAGUAUUUAAGAACAAGGGGUUUUCUUGUUUCGUUAAACUUGCACUAACAUUCCUGUACAUUUAAGACAAAUUAAGGUUUAACAGUAGAAAUUUACUAAACACUAUUUCACUAUUUUACGAAUAUACUACUAAGGUUAGGUAGAAUUUAUAAAAUCUGUGUUCUUUAUUUUAUUGGAAGUUGUAACUAGAGCAGGUAAUAUGGAAUAUAAUUUGCUCAAUGUCUUUAGCUACUAACUGACGAGGCCAACCUCUGAUGAUAUAAAUCAAAAUCACUUGAUUCGUGUAGGUCACGGGAAUAACACUUAUGAAUGUUAAAAAAAAUAUUUUUUCUUAUUUAAUCUACCGCUACUUCGUAAAGGGUUGAGCUAAUAAAAAGAAGUAGCAAGAACGUCAUUGACACUUAUAAAUAUUUAAAAUACAUUAAACAUAAAGUAUGUAAUGUAAAAGAUUAUUACUUAUACCAAUUAUAAUUUCGCCUUUUUUGUUGUGGACUACUAUUUCAUUAUUGGGUAUAUAUAAUAAUAAUGAGAAUAUUAUCGUUUAUAUAUUACUAAUAUCAAAAAAACUUUUGUUAAAAAAAAUCUUCUUUACUUAUACAAAAGUAAACUCGUCUAUUCUGGUAUACUCGUCUAUUCUGGUAUACUCGUCUUUUACCAGUUGGGAAAUAACUUUAAAUUAUAUACCUACGUUAAUUAAAGAUAUACGGAGCACCAUUGAGCUGUUUUUGUUAAAAUCCUUGGAAAGUGGUAGUAUUGUAAAGAAAGAAAACAUAUUAUUAUUAUCAAAAGAUACAUCAUUAGGUUGGUCGCAGUUAGUAAAACAUAUUUAAUAUGAAUUUAUAUUUGAUGUUAAUCUUUCAGUGUCAUAUAUUUGUGAGUUUCUAUACUCACAUAAAUACAUUUAAUUCUGUUAUUGAAUGUUUGUGUUCGUUUCGAAUAUAUUUUAUGUAAGUAUACUCAGUAUAACGUUAGUAUAGAAUUUUUCUCUUUUGUAAUUAUGUAUUGUUUUAACUCUUUAAUACUUCUAGCGUAAGAGAUGUAGACAUUUUAUGUAAGAUAAGUAUAUGAAUCGUAAAUUGAAUUAUUAAACUAACGAGGUGUGAGUGCCGAUUGAAAUAAAAUGUGGUAUAUUUUUUUUCUUCUAGUGUUGCUUUAUCAUAGGUUUUAUUGAUAAUAGUUUGUACAUAAUAAUCAAUGCACAGACCUUUUGUGUAACUGUUCAAAACAGUAUAAUUAUUAUCCGUUCGCAUAGAUAUUUUAUUUCAUAUUAUAUAUUAUAUUAUGAUGAGAUUUUAAAUGCAAUUAAAAAGUUUUUUUCCCAACAUCGAUUUAUCGAUACAUCGUUACAAACUACUAAUACCCGGUUACAUUAUGUCUGGACCUAACGUCGAUGACGUCACAUGAUCGCCUCGUUACGGUGUGCAAAACAAUCAUCACUAGGAUAUUAUUAUUAAUAAUUACGACGGUUAAUUUUUUCUGUACGAUUGAUUUGUGUAAAGGUGAUAUUGUGAUGCUAAUUAAUUAUUAUUGUUAUAAUACAAAUAUUAAUUACUUACUAUUAUCGCGACACAGAACAACACUAACUACAAAACUAUUAACAAUCAAUAGUCAGAACGUUACACUGAAACCUCAAAAACAAAGCAGUGAUUACACGAAAAUAUCACGGCAUGUACGUAACGGUAAUGAAUUAUGAAACUGCAAACCGUACUGACGCAUCAGGACGAGCGCAAGGGGGUCAUAUGGGAACGGGAUUGGGCAUUACGUUACGAGGUCCAGAGAUAAAUGGCCGUGUAGGUAUUUAAUGAUUUGUAUUUAUAAUUGAAUUUGACGCUCGUCAAAAGUCAUUGUUGAAUUAACAAUAUGCUAUAUUAUACAUGUAGUAAUUGACUUAUCAUUUAAUAUAUUUUGAACAUGGUCCAAAACUGUCAAUAGACAAUAGUUAAAGUUUGCCUGUGAACCCUGCCUCAUCUGGUUAGAACACCUAAUUAAAGCAUUAUUUGAAAAAUAGAUCCCAACACAACUGUUUUUUUUUUCAGUGAGGGUAGUUUGUAUAAACUUUUGUUAGUAGUGAAGAGGAUGUGUGUACUGUAUGCUAUUGGUUUUAUGUUACACACAUAAUUUUUUAUUAUCAAGUGUCUUACAUUAUAUGAGUUAAACUAUUGUACUGUGUUGUAAAUCAUAUUAUUUUGCCUUAUUAAUAAACGCAAUGUAAAGUUACAUGUUUAAAAUCACUUCUCCCUGUCACGUAAUUAUGUAGUGACUGAGUAGAAAUGUUUUAAAUCAGGAAUAACUUUACUUCGCGUUUAUUAAUAACACAGCUUUUGUUUUAAGUAGAAUACAGCAGCUGGUUGUUAUAUCUGAACUUAAUGACUUCCAAACAAUGGGUUUGGAAGGAAGCAGCGUACUUCAUAGUUUUAUUCACAUGGUGGCUGUACACUCAAUAAUUAUAUUUAAUUUGUUAUUUAAAUUUAAGAUAAAUCAAAUGUUGUUAAAUAUAUACUUUUUCCCCAUUGGAUGCAAUUAUUAAUAAUUUAAUUACAUAACUAAAAAAUAUAUAUAUAUAAUUAUUUUGAAUUUAUUUAAAAAUUGCAUAGUAUAACAGAUAGAUUAUUGCAAAGCAUGUCUCCUGUAGGAUAUUACACUUUAAAUAUUUUAUAAACGAGUCAUUAGAUUUAUUUCAGAUAUAGUAACAGUAUUUAAUUGUAAAUGUAAUUAUACAUAAAUUAUAUUUAUAUUACCUACAAGUGUAGGUAUGAAAUGGAUAGAACGACGAUUUAUAUAUAAAUAAUAAAAGUUUAAAUACUCCAGUCGCGCAGCACAGAUCAUUUUCGGACAUUGACCUUUACAUGGGUAGGUACUGUCUAUCGCUCGCGUAAAAUUAUCUCGCUCCCACUUUUAUUAGCAGUAAACACUAAGGUAAAUAUUAAUUCUGUUGACUUCGCCACCGGAGUAGUCUUGUUUAAACUUGUGUGAAAAGAACUUAAUUAAUUCCCACCCUUUUUACAUUCCAUUUAUAUUUCAUUAAAUUAUUGUUGGUAAUAUUAUUUUAGUCUUGUAAUUGUUUUGUGCAUAUUAUGGUUUGUUGAAAUUGUUUUUGUUGUAAAAUUAUUUUAAAAUCACAGUGUUAAUGCAUACUAUUUUUAUGUUUUGAGCUUACAAACUAGCAAACAUAAUGUUCAAAAUUAAGACUACAAAUAAUUCAAACUUAUGUCACUGUGCAUAUUACAUAUUUAAAUAUAUUAUUAGUAGAUUUUUUUUAUUAUUUGCGUCGGAAUAUUGACAUUUUAAAUUGGCAAAGUAGAAUUUCCAAAUAUUUAAAUAAUAAUGACUGAAGAAAAAACAUUGUAAUAACUGUUGAAAUUUAAUAAAUCGCACAAAAUAUCA